AUGGUUAUGGUGUCUGACCACGAGUCGUGUGUACUGGAGCCCAGGCCAAAUGACGUUGCUGUGGCCCUGGCCAAGGUCCCUGAAAGUGACCCUGCAAUGCGUGGGGCUGUUGUCAAGGUCCUGGCCAUGCUCUAUGCAAUGGCCAGCUGCAAGGACCAGGGCCUCAUGCAUGCUGCUAUCUUGUGCUCUGCCCAGACUCUGCCCACUGAGUCGUUGUUGUUGGCAUCCAUUGCUGCUCUAUCGAGUGCAACUGCUGCACAGUCAGCGCCAGCAAAUGUUAUUGCAGACAUUGUCAAGCCAACUACUUGGAAUGACAUUGCGCAGAUGGUAGAUAUUUCAGGCAGUUUGGGGACAGACCACACUGCAUGCAAGCAGUUAUAUUUGCAUGUGCGCGGCGCAGUGGUCAGCAAUAACUUUCUGUGGAUGCUGCUGUUCACAAGACUCAACUUGUCGCUCAAUGGCUGCACACGCUCGGCCAACAAUGCCCCGCUGCAGCCCCUGAUCACCAAUCUCAUGCAGCAGUGA